AUGUCUAGCUGGUCGUGGUCAUCUACUGGUAAUGAAGUCGUGCACGAAUUUGCAGAGAGGAUCGAGGGACGGACAUUCCUAAUCACCGGCCCAAGUGACGGAGGAAUUGGUGCAGAAACUGCACUCUGUCUAGCGUCCAGAUCUCCAUCAGCUAUCAUUCUUGCAGGCCGGGAUCGUACCAAAAUUCAACCAGUCAUCGAAAGGAUCACCGAGAUCAACCCAAAGAUCAAAGCAACUUUCGUUUCCUUGGAUCUAAGUAAUCAAGGCUCAAUAAGACGAGCCGCUGCAGAAAUAAACGGUCAAUUCGAUCGCAUUGAUGUUCUCAUCAAUAAUGCCGCCAUCAUGGCUUGUCCGUAUAGCACCACCAAAGAUGGAUUUGAGGUACAAUUUGGUACAAAUUUCCUCGGUCCGUUCCUCUUUACUGGGCUUCUUCUCCCUAAGCUCCGCGCUGCGGGACCAGGCGCACGUAUUGUCAACGUGAGCAGCUCCGCACAUCGGUUUGAGGGUAUUCGAUUCGAAGAUCUAGAUUUUGAGGGUGGUACUGCCUAUGAUACAUGGAAAGCAUAUGGCCAGUCAAAAACAGCAUUAAUCCUGAUGGCCAUCCACCUCGCAAGAAGUAUCCCAAGUAGUGAAGUUGCUUCUUUUGCGCUUCAUCCCGGAAGUAUUGCAUCAGGUCUACAGCGCCAUGUCGAUUCCGAGUCAAUGUCAGAUGCUAGAGCAAAGUCACAAUCAAGUGCUUCCUGA